GUAUUAAAUAGACAUAAUAAAACUAAUGAAUGUAAAUGCUAUCACGAGUUCGUGGUAUUGUUAAUAUAUAAAAAAUACGUAUAGUUAGAACCAAACCAUGAAUUGAAAUCCUGGUAUUAUAAAAAGCGCAUUUAUUUAUACAAUCAUAUUGCAAUUGCGUUGGAGAAUACAUUGGAAAUCAGCGGCAAAAUAUUGGGAAAAUGAAGACAUCCUCACUGACAGUGACAGGUUUGGCCAUCGCCAUCGUUAUACCACUCAUCAACGCAGAUUGUAACAAGCCAGCCUUCUAUUUGGGUUGCUUCAAAGAUACUAACUCACGUGAUAUGCAUGGGCUUGGUAUACAGAACGGUUAUGAAAACUCACUGAUGACAGUUGAAAUGUGCACAGAUCAUUGCCGCACAAGAGGUUUCAAAUAUGCUGGGCUCCAGUAUGCGCGACACUGUUUUUGUGGGGACAAGUUUGGAAAAUAUGGCCUAGCUGAUAGCGAUUCAGAGUGUAGGAUGACUUGUCAAGGCGACCCCUCUCAGAACUGUGGUGCAGCUGCUAGAAAUUCAGUCUACCUUAUUCGAUGAAUGUAGAGCGAUACGCCCGCAUAAGAUGCGACCAUGUUUUGAUUUAAGUUUGAUAUUUCGAUUUUGAAAUAAAUGUCCAGAUAAAAA